GAUUUGCAAAGACCUGGUUACGAAUCUGGAAGCACCUCUUUCCCACAGUAGUGUGCCGUCGAACUUACGGCACCAUGUCGAUCCCCUCCGCAUCGACCGCACGCCGUCGCCCCGCCGAGCCAACUCGGUAGUCUCGCUGGGAUUUCUCUUCCCCCAACCGUCGAAUGGGUUGUUCAUCCUCUUUCCCAGACAGAAAUGCUGGAAGGUUGGCCAGUUUGAACAGUGAAAGCUCAACAGCUCCUGAAUCAAAAAACUUGCGUGUUAAGUUGGUAUUGUUGGGGGAUUCUGGUGUUGGUAAAAGCUGCAUAGUCAUUCGAUUUGUUCGUGGUCAAUUUGACCCUACAUCACAGGUAACAGUUGGUGCUUCCUUCUUAUCUCAAACAUUAGUCCUGCAAGACUCUACAACAGUGAAAUUUGAAAUAUGGGAUACAGCAGGACAAGAGAGGUAUGCUUCACUGGCCCCUCUUUACUACCGAGGAGCAGCUGUUGCAGUUGUGGUAUAUGACAUAACAAGUCCAGACACAUUCAAAAAGGCACAGUAUUGGGUUAAGGAACUUCAGAAACAUGCAACCCCGGGUAUCAUAAUGGCUUUGGUUGGUAACAAGGUUGAUCUGCAUGAAAAUAGAGCUGUAUCGUCCCAGGAUGCACUGGAAUAUGCAGAUAAGAACGGUAUGUUCUUCAUCGAGACAUCGGCAAAGACAGCUGACAACAUCAACGAACUCUUUGAGGAAAUCACAAAGAGGCUUCCUCGAACAUCGUCUUAGCUGUCCGUCUGGAGAUUGAUUUUAGAAACCUCCAUCUUGCGCAUGGGAUUGUAGUAGACCUGUUGUGACGCUGCCUAUAGGUAAUGUAUUAUCGUCUCGCUAGUUCUUAUGACUUCAAUACUUUUCACUAGUAAUGGCAUGCAAAGAGGGCAUAAUGUCCCACUAUUUCCA